CAAGGAAGAAGACGAUCAAAGAUGAAACAAUGCCAAAGUGAAAUAUAGUACUCGCUUGAGGGUGUGAUGAUGUAGUAUGACGAAAGCUUCGCAACGUGUUCGUCAUCCCUUACGAUAAAAGACUAUUUAAAAAAAGAAUCGAAGGCAAUUUCGAUUACGACUCUUGUAUUUACUACAAAAAGGAGACGAAGAUAAAGAUCACACACCGAGAGAGAUAAAACACUUAUUAUGGCUUUGAAAGGGAUUCUAGGUUUCGAAUACGGAAUAGUUCAGGCGCCACUAGGACCAGAUAUCUCCCGUCCGGAGCUUGUAGCCGCCGUGGCUAACGCCGGAGGGAUCGGUCUUCUCCGAUGUCCUGAUUGGGAGUGUCCUGAUUACGUGAGAGAGAUGAUCAGGAAGACGAAGACGUUGACUGACAAACCAUUUGGGAUCGGUGUUGUUCUUGCGUUUCCUCAUGAGCUCAACGUUAAGACAAUCUUGGAAGAGAAGGUUGCUGUGUUGCAGCUUUACUGGGGUGAAUGUUCUAAGGAGCUUGUGGAUGAUGCUCACCGUGCUGGAGUCAAAGUUUUUCCUCAGGUGGGGAGUGUUGAAGAAGCUAGAAAGGCUUUUGAUGUAGGAGUAGACGCAAUUAUUGUUCAAGGGCAUGAAGCAGGAGGGCAUGUUAGUGGGAAGGAUGGUCUCUUUUCAUUGUUGCCAAGAGUAGUUGAUCUGGUUGGGGAAUGCGAUAUUCCGGUUAUCGCUGCUGGAGGAAUUGUUGACGCACGUGGUUACGUUGCAGCUUUGUCGCUUGGUGCUCAAGGUGUCUGUCUUGGCACAAGGUUUGUAGCGACCCAUGAGAGCUACGCACACCCAAUAUACAAAAGGAAGUUGGUCGAAUAUGAGAAAACCGAGUACACAGAUAUCUUUGGGCGAGCAAGGUGGCCUGGUGCGCCACAACGUGUUCUGCAGACGCCUUUCUUCGAUGACUGGAGAUCUCUUUCUGCCGAUGAGAGUGAAGUUAACCAACCUAUUAUUGGACGUUCCACCAUACAUGGCGUCGAAAAGGAGAUAAGACGAUUUGCAGGAACUGUACCAAACAUGACAACAACGGGUGACUUAGAGAGCAUGGCGAUGUAUGCAGGUCAAAGCGUAGGCCUUAUCAAAGAGAUUUUACCGGCUGGAGAGGUAGUGAAAAAUCUUGUGGAAGAAGCUCAGCUUCUGAUCCUCAAAAAGUUCAGCAGUACUACAUGAUGCACAGUUGCAGGGUCAAAUCGCCAGAGAACAAAAAACUUUACUGUUUUGGAAUCGGAUGUGGAUAUUCUGUGUUGUUUGCUCUCGAGAGAAAAAUAUAGUGUUCUUACUGUGUAAUUCCUCCUUUUACAACCAUACCAUUUAAUCAUAUAUAGAUAUUUCUCCACCCA